ACAUGAUUCCUCAUUUAGACAAAAACAUCCUUGAACUGGUCAAUAUCGCUAAAACUAAGCAACAUCAUGACCUCAAAUUAGUCCGUGCAUUAAUGCUAAUCACACACAAACCUAGCCUCCAAUAAACAUAAACACACAAAAAAACUUAAAUAACUCCAAACACUUCUUCCUAAUCAAAGCUUACCCUAAACUAACCUCCUCUUAUAAGUUCAGAUUCUAAAACCACAUGUCACGUGACUCAGUUCCCGCAUUUGAUGCAUACAAGCACCUCAACCUCUCAAUCAACCCCGAUGGCUCUUGCACGCGCAACUUCGAGUACCCGAUGGUCGAUCCCGACCCGGACCCGUCCCCGGGAAAGCUAACAGCCUCCAAAGACAUCACCAUCAACCUCGAAACCGGCGUGACCGUACGCAUCUUCCGACCAACCAAUCUCCCAUCCAACGACAACGCCGUCGCUCGUCUCCCCAUCCUCAUCCACCUCCACGGCUCCGGCUGGGUCCUCUACCCAGCCAACUCCCCCGCGAACAACCGCGGCUGCUCUCAGAUGGCUAGCGAGCUGACGGUGAUCAUCGUCUCCGUCAACUACCGCCUAGCUCCCGAGCACAGGCUCCCGACCCAAUACGACGACGCGUUGGAAGCCCUCCUCUGGGUCAAACGCCAGGCCGUCGACGCGAACAACGGCGAGGCCUGGAUCAGAGACUACGCCGACUUCUCCCGGUGCUACAUCUUCGGCUCCAGCAACGGCGCCAACAUCGCUUUCCAGCUCGCGCUCAAGUCGCUGGACCACGACCUGACGCCGCUGAAGAUAGACGGGUGCAUGUUUUACCAGCCUUUCUACGGCGGGAAGACUAGGACGAAGGCGGAGCUGAAGAACUUCGCGGAUCCGGUGAUGCCGGUGCCCGCGAUCGACGCCAUGUGGGAGCUUUCUUUGCCCAAGGGCGUCGAUAGGGACCACAGGUACUGUAACCCGGUAGGUUACUUGCCGCAGAAGGAGAAGGUGGGACGGUUGGGAAGGUGUUUGGUGAUUGGUUAUGGGGGAGACACGUUGGUUGAUCAUCAACAGAACUUUGUGAAUAUGCUGGUUACGGCUGGUGUUAGGGUUGAAGCUAAAUUUGAUGAUGCUGGUUUUCAUGGAAUCGAGCUCGUUGAUCCACGGCGAGCCGUUGCUCUUCUUAAUAUGAUUAGAGAGUUUAUUAGUUAAUUAUUUGCUCUUUCCAACAC